UUACCGGGUGGCGACAAGAAAACGGUGGCACUUUUUUUUUUUUAUUUUUUUAUUUUUUUUAAAUUUGAUGAAAAGUAAACGGUGCACAUGAUAAAUGGGCUUGGGAUCUCAUAUAGAAAAACGCUAUCGUUUUGAUCGGAACUGCAUAAGCAGAGUAUGGAUGGAUAGGCUAAGGCUUUUGGAAAGGUAAAAGACUCAGGUCCUCCCAACCUCUCAAUCUAUCCCGGUGUCUUUUUCUGAACUCUUCUGAAACUCAAUAGGUCAAACGGCCUCUGUCACUGUUUUGCUGUUGUCUGAAAACAAGUGCAAACCAUUAAGAAGAGAGUUAAUUGAGCCAGAGCACAUGGGCAAAAAUGUAAAAUGGAGCUGGACCUCGGCUCUGAUCGGAGCAGCUUCGGCUGUAGCAACCAUGGCUCUAGUCGGAGCCAAACCCAAAGACCCAACCUUCCACCUCAUAUCCAUUAACCUAACCUCCUUCAAGCUCAACCUCCCAAUUGUUGACACCGAACUCAUCCUCAACGUACACGUUACCAACCCUAACAUCACGCCCGUCCAUUACUCCUCCACCACCAUGUCCAUCUACUACGACGGCUCCCUCCUCGGUUCUGCCGAAGUUCAGGCGGGCUGUCAACCGCCUAAGUCGUGCCAGAUGCUCCGGCUUCCGGCUCGGCUUGAUGGGUUAGAGCUGGCUCACCACGCCGGUCGGUUUUUUGGGGAUGUGGCAAAGCGUGAGAUGGUGCUAGACGCGGCUGUGGAUAUCGGGGGCACCGCGAAGGUGUUGUGGUGGGACCACAACUUCAAGAUCCACGUGGACAGUCAUGUUACUGUUGAUCCUGUGUUUCUUGAGGUAAUUGAUCAGGAAAACAGAUCCGAGUUGGAGCUUUUUGCUUGACUUUUUGUCCUUAAUUUGCAAUUUUUAUUAUUUUUUUAAUCAUCAAGUCUUUUUUUUGUUUGAUGAACGGAAAAGAAGAAGUUUAUGUAA